AUAAUUGAAUUAGAAAACAAACUCGUUUACUUUCUAUAACCAGGAUAGCCUGCUGUAUUGUUAGGUCGCUAGCCACAGAGCUCAUCCAUCUAUCUCUUACUUGUAACUAACAAACAAACAGUUAGAGGCAACACCAGCAAAUAAUGUUGAUAGCUAUUAUCUUUCUGGUAUCGUCUAGUCUCAUCUGUCAGGCAGUCGCUGGUCUUUUUGGCACCUGUUACAAUGACUUGGGAUGUUUCUACAACACCCCACCCUUCGGCUUCACCUGGCAGAGACCCUUGGGUCUAGUCCCGCAGUCGCCUUCGAAUAUCAAGACCAAAUUCCGCCUGUACACACGUACACAGCGAGCCACACCGCUAGACCUUGAGGCUGUCGAUGUGAAAACAAGUCUCCAGACAACCUGGCCAGAUUUUUCACCCAGACCGACCAAAUUUGUCAUCCAUGGAUUCCUCGAUGGUACCGAGAUUACCACGUGGUCUAAGAUGGUAAUAAAUUAUAUGCUUUUUUAUGCUUUCACAGAGCAGGAGAUGAAAGAAGAGCUUCUGACCAAGGGAGAUUACAACGUUAUUCUGGUGGACUGGUCGGCUGGGGCGGUGCCAAUAUACACUCAAGCUACAGCCAACACCCGACUGGUGGGGCCACAGAUAGGUCUUCUCAUCAACCAACUCAUUGGCAAGUUUAACUUGUUGCCCAAACAUGUCCACAUCAUCGGCCACAGUCUGGGGGCUCACACAGCAGGGUACGCUGGGGAGAGGGUGCCAGGUUUGGGGAGGAUUACAGGUUUGGACCCAGCAGGCCCAGAAUUUGAUGGCACGCCAGCGGAAGUGAGACUGGACCCAACGGACGCCAUGUUUGUUGACGUCAUACACUCAGACAUGGGCUCUCUAAUCAACUUCCAUUUUGGCAUAACACAGAAUGUAGGUCGCGUCGACUUCUACCCAAAUUUAGGUCACAACCAGCCAGGAUGUAGCCAGUCAACAAUCAAUUCUGUUGAGCAGUGGGGUCUAAUUAGCGGCUCUAAUGAACUAAUGACCUGCAGCCACAACCGUGCAGUCAAACUUUUUAAAGAGAGCAUCAACUCUGUUUGUAGCUUCACCAGCUACUCGUGUGAUAGCGAGGACAAAUUUAAAUCAGGACAAUGCACCACUUGUGGUCCAUCUGGUUGUGCCAACAUGGGAUUCUGGGCUGACACCAACAAGAACGCUACAGGCAAAUAUUACAUCAAGACAAAUGGUGCUGCACCUUUCUGCACGUCUUGAUGAUGCAAGUCUUUUGUCUUAAAUGUUGAGUGCAAAGAAUGUAAUAGAUUUGUGGAAGGAUUUUCGAGAUCUUUAACAUUACAUAUUUAAUCGACGUCUUAGUAAAGAUAAACGUGUUCAAAA